AUGACGACAUCAUCGAUCGCAAGCCCUGAUGUGGACGCUGAGCAUGAGCAGAACAAGACACCUGUGUCCUUCCUAGGGCCGUUUUGUACUUAUUCACAUCAGGCCACUCUUCUUGCCUUUCCGGACACGUCAAAAUGGGUUCUUGAGCCGACCAGCACAAUAAAAGAGGUCUUCGAUCGCGUACAAUCUGGUGCCGCACCCUAUGGCGUCGUGCCCUUCGAGAACUCAACUCACGGCGUCGUCACCUUCACCCUAGACGGCCUGGCCGACCGCGCCGGGGAGUACCCGGACAUUUGCGUGUGUGGUGAAAUCUAUCUGGACGUGCAUCACUUUCUUUUGGGUCGGCGACCCCCUUCGUCUUCUCCAGAAUCGGAACAGAGGAGUAGUGGAAGAGGAGGAGAAGAAAAUCCAAAGGGUGUACCCCUCGCUUCCCUGUCUCAUAUCCGCCGCGUCUACUCUCACCCCCAGGCCUUCGGGCAAACGGCGCGGUUCCAGGCAAAGUACCUGCAGCCGCUAGGCAUCGAAUUUAUCGACGUCAGCUCGACCAGUCGCGCAGCGCAGCUGGCUGCUGCCGAUCCCAAGGGCGAGAGCGCGGCUAUUGCGAGCGAAUUGGCCGGUCGCGAGGCGGGGCUGGAUGUCCUUGCGAGAUGGGUUGAGGAUCGGGAGGAUAAUACGACGAGGUUUUUCGUCAUCAGGAGGAAAGAGACUACAGAAGGCGGGUACCCGCCCCCUGAAGAAGAAGGGAAGCGGUAUAAGAGCCUGGUGUCGUUUACGGUGCCUCACAGGCAGCCGGGUGCGCUGGCGAAUGUGUUGGAUUGUUUCCGGAGGAGGGAGCUUAACUUGACGAGUAUUAAUAGCCUGCCGAGUUUGGUGGCGCCAUUUCAGUACCUGUUUUUUGUAGAGUUUGAAGGCGGGAGAGAGGAUGAUCACGAGGGGAGGAUUAGCGGGGUGCUGGAGGAUCUUGAGAAGGUCGCAGAGAGAUGGAGGUGGUUGGGGAGCUGGAGGAGGAAGAGGUAG